AUUUAGAUAGAUGACAAUCUUGUCAUGCGACUCAGUAACAUAUUCGCACCGAAUAGAUGUAGUUUAUAUAAAACAAAUCGAAACCUAGUUUUUAUUUAAAAUAAAAAUAAAAACGCAAAUAGGACAGUAGAAAUUAGUUUAAUCACGUCAAGUGCCAAACAAAAGUAGAUCAGUGAUUAUUAGUUUUUGUAUCAAUUGAUUUGAAUUUCAACAUCAUUAAUAAGCAGCGACAAAACAAAAAUAAAAAUGUCUUUUCAAUCGGCGAUGCCAAACCAACAAUUCCUUUGGGAUGUUUUCCAACGUGUUGACAAAGAUCGUAGCGGUUUUAUUUCAGCCGAUGAAUUACAACAAGCCCUUUCAAAUGGAACAUGGGACCCAUUCAACCCAGAAACUGUACGGAUGAUGAUUGGUAAGCCUUUUUUACAAAAAUUACGCCAAUUUUUUUUUGCAAGAAUUUUUCACACGUCAAAAGAUUGUAUAUUAAUCCAUUUUUUAAAAAAAAAAGGUAUGUUCGACCGAGAAAACAGAGGCGCGGUCAGCUUUCAAGAUUUUGGCGCCUUGUGGAAAUACGUAACAGAUUGGCAAAAUUGUUUCCGCUCAUUUGACACCGAUAACUCGGGAAAUAUUGACAAAAAUGAACUAAAAACUGCGCUCAGUUCAUUUGGUUAUCGUUUGUCAGACAAUUUGGUUGGAGUGCUUUUGAGAAAGUACGAUCGCUAUGGACGCGGAACAAUUCUAUUUGAUGAUUUUAUUCAAUGUUGCGUCACUCUCUACACUUUGACGGCUGCGUUUCGCCAACACGACACUGAUAUGGAUGGAGUAAUCACAAUUCAUUAUGAACAGUUUUUAAAUAUGGUUUUUCAAUUGAAGAUUUGAUUGAAAUGAAAAUAAAAAUGUUUUUUUUGGUGAAAUUACAAUCAACUCAAUUUAAAAGGCCAAAUAUACGUAUUCUAUCAAUAAAAAAACAAUAAAGUGCAAAUAUAAUCCAAUUUAAUUGGAACUCAUCCAGAAUUAAA